ACCACGUGACCGAGAGGCACUUCUAGGGGUGGACAAGCAUAAACUACGGCUUCAUACACAGUAUGUUUGUACAGUAUAUUGGAUAUUCAAGUGAAUACGUCGUUGGAAUUGCUUGCUCAUAAUUUUACUCUGAUUUUUACAUGACUUUUAGUUUCGAGUCCGUUUAUUUGCCGCCUAUCGCUUUAAGGCGGGGCUGAGAACCACCAGAUGUGACGUCACGUGAAACCAGGAACUAUCCAGGCUUGCCUCUCUCGCUGCUGCGCCUCCUGGUGCCUCCACUGCAGCUUCGCUGGGCCGCCAUGUGGCAACUGGCAAAGCAGAAGGAUGUGAUGAAUUACCAUAAACUCCAAGAGUUUGUGCACACGCUGACCGAUGCGUUGCCUGGAAUCAUGACCCAAAAGGAGACGGCUCAGCUCAUUCUGGGCCUCAGAGCUCGGCUGAUCCUGGAACUGUGCAAAGGCUCCGUCCGAGGUUGUGUUGACUCUCAAAAGAUCCAGGCACACUUGGAGAACCUCCCGCUGACCUCUGAUCACGGCGAUGCGGAGGUGAAAGCUGCAGAGUCCACGUUUGUGGCCCUGGUUCAGAGCCUCCUGAAAGACCCAGCCGAGCGAGCGUACUUCUUCCAGGAGGUCUUCCCCGUAGAGUACGGAGCCAAGUACGACGCUGCCCUGCACGUGCUACUGUGGGAGCUGCUCUCCAAGCUGGAGAAGCUGCUUCCAAUACCGGACCUGGAGCAGACCGCAGCCUGGCUGGGCUCAGGUCCCGCCUUAUUGGAUGAAUGUGUCCAGUCCACGAGGGAAGAGCUGGGCUUGAUCUUUCAGCACUGCCAGAACGCCGCACUUUUUAAAAUGCCCCACGGCAACCCCACCUCCCUUGGCGGCUGCAUCAUGUCCGCUCUGUCCAUCCCGCCCUCCCACAAAGCCAACCUCUCCGUCGCACCGGAACUGGUUCACAACUACGCCAGCAUCCUGGACCCCGAGCAGUACAGCGUGGUCACGGUCUACACCGAGGUGGAGGUCGGGGCAUCGGAGGCGGCGGCAGUGGCGGCGGACGUUCAGACGUGUUUCUACGAGGAAGAGGUGACGCCCCAGGAGACCGUAGAAGUGGCCAGGGCGCUGGAGACCCUGACUAAAACAUUCGCCGUAAGGAAGGAGAGCCUGGAAAACGACGACGCAGCUUCAGAAGAUCAAGAAGACGGCGUUCUGGCUGCGCUGGGAAAUGACGUUCAACCGGGUGACGUGAGAAGUGACGCCGCUGGCGAAGGUGAAAUGACGCACGCCGCCACUGAACUUCCUCCUGUCCGCCAAACGCCGUCAAACGAGGCUGCUGCCUCGUGUGUGAUUGCCGUCAAAGGAAGCGACAAAGGGGACUCCGACGAGACGACCUCCAUCAUCUUCUCAUGCUCCGAGUGUCCCUUCCACCACUCCGAAGACGACAGCCCUCCCCACUUCCACAUGCAGAGCGUUCCCACCGAGGAAUACCGAAAGCUCUCCGGAGCCAAGGUGCCUCCGACUCCCUGCAUCACGGAUGAGAUUUUUACAUCCAUUAAACUUUUCCCCCAAGGAGGCGCAGCGCAGCCAGAAGGCGCGCCCGUCAAAGAGGACCGCGUGAGCCGACUGACCUGCCCGACGUGCGGCAGGACCUUCACACGCACGUCCGACGUCAGGCGACACCAGCUCACCCACACGGGCGAGCGGCCCUUCCGCUGCCGGCAGUGCGAGCGCACCUUCCAGCACUCGUGGGACCUGGCCAAGCACCGCAGCAAGUCGCACGCCGCCGCCGUCUCCUUCGCCUGCCCGCCCUGCCGCGCCACCUUCGCCAACCUGCGCGCGCUGACCGCCCACCACAAGCGCUCCCACUCGGGCGAGGGCCGCCUGCCGCACAUCUGCUCCAUCUGCAGCCGCAGCUUCGCCUCGGCCGGCGAGCUCCUGGAGCACCGGACGUCGCACGUGGCCGCCAAGCGCUACGUGUGCCUGCAGUGCGGCGAGGGUUUCGACUCGCUUCUGGCGCGCUCCUUGCACCGGCAGACCCAUCAAGUCAAGCGCCAGUUCAAGUGCCCGCACUGCGACAAGACGUACACGCGGCGGUCGGACGUGAAGCGGCACCUGGCAACGCACACGGGGGAGCGGCCGCACAAGUGCGGGCACUGCAACAAACGCUUCUCGCUGCGCUUCAUGCUCGUGCAGCACCUCCGUGUCCACACCGGCGAGCGCCCCUUCCAGUGCUUGCACUGCGACAAGACGUUCACGCUGGCGUCCGUGCUGGCCCGACACGAGAGGAUGCACACGGGGGAGAAGCCCUUCCUGUGCUCCCAGUGCGGGAAGACCUUCCUGUCCCAAGGCGAGCUCUCCAAACAUCACAGGUCGCACGUGGACGACAAGCCCUACGCCUGCCCGCAGUGCCACAAACGCUUCAAGAGCAAGAAGACCCAGCAGGAGCACGUGAUCUCGCACACCGGCGUCCGCCCUUACCCCUGCGCCUACUGCGGCAAGGGCUUCGCCAAACCCUACGCGCUCACCCGACACCACCUCAUCCACACGGGGGAGAGGCCCUUCCCGUGCAGCUACUGCGACAAGACCUUCCUCACCCCCGGCGAGGCGCAGCUGCACCAGCGCGUCCACACCGGCGAGAAGCCGUACUCCUGCGACGCCUGCCGGCUCAGGUUCAAGAGCUCGUCGGAGCUGGCGUGGCACAAGCGCAGCCACGCCGGCGUGAAGCCGCCCAGGCCGAGCUGUGGGAAGUGCAGGAAGAACUUCCCGUCCAAGGCCAAACUGGAGAAACACAUGGAGACGCACGACGAGGAAGGACAAGCGGCCGAAUGAUGACGGACAUCGUAGCGGCACAUCGCCUGAAGGCAUCAAAUACUCCCAAUCGCCGUACGAUAGCGAUACAGGAAAGUUCUAACAUUAUGGGAAUAAAAAUCAAAUAUGAUGUCAUAAAGGAACAUGUAGUCACCCAUGCCAUUCCAAAUGGAAGAUAUUUUUAUGCCACUCUUAUUUUGUUAACGCAGACACGGGGCAAAGACGAGCUACGUUCAAAAAUAAACGUGCUUCUUAUGAAACUGCAUUUUGUCAUCGAGGACCGCCAUGGCUUGUUUACGUUUAUCAUUUAUAUCGCUGCUAGUCUUUUUCUUAUCAUUGGAAGAAUCUAUACAUCGCUUAACCAUAUACGUGACAUAUAUAUUAUAUAACUCAGCA